AUGGACCUGCCCCUCCUAGUCCCCGUCCCCCCGCCGCCAGUGCGGGCGGCCAUCCCCAAUGAAGCAUGGGGAGCUAUACUGGAUGCAUGGAUCCUGCUCACCGAGCUGCGCCUGCACACAGCGAGUCAAACUCAAGAAGAAUUCGAGAAAUGCGCGAGCGCGCACAGCUUCAGCCUGCCGUUUCUGGCGUCAUACUUUGCCGCGCAUGGUGAUGCCAGGGUGCAUGGCGGUGCGCACGACAGCCGGAAAACGAAGCGGUUGCGCAAGUCCGUGUUUGGCCUGGCGAGGCGGUACUAUCUCGACACGAGCAGCAGUGCUGGAGAGGGCGGGUUGUUGGAUUGGAGGCUGCUGGGUGAUUUCAGCGAGUGCUAUCAUUCGCACGCGGCGGCGCUGAGGGAGCUGUUGUCUGAAGUGUGGAAUCGAUAUAGUGCGCAGAUCACGGCCAGUCUGCAAAAGGGCAAAAGCGAGAUUAUGCAGCAGCUGCAGAAGAAGACAGCUGAAGAGAUUAUAACUGAUAUCCGAAGACUCACCAUCUUGGCCGCGACGCUCCCCCAGGUCGGCCAUGUGCUGAUGACCGGAUCUGACUAUCUGGACGCGCUUUACGACGCUUACAAGCCAGCUAGUAGCAGUGCCGCCUUGAAAAGCGCUCUAGCUGCCAAUGCCUAUGUAGGGCUGACGUCACUGCUCAAAGCAGUCAAACCGAACCUGUCGCUUUUACUCGACCAUCUGUUUACCCUCAAGGUUGCCGCGGGGGUAGGCAGCGCUACAAAGGACAGUAAAAAACCCGGACUUCUUUCGGACUUGGUGUGCAGUACGGACAUGCUGAUUCGAAUUGAGCGCUAUCUCGUCUCUGCGCCGCAGAAACGCGGCCAGGACCUGGUCAGCUCUUUGCGAACGUAUCAGCAAGAGAUGAAACAGUUCCACCACCGGCACCAACGGCACAAGAAGAGAACAGACAAGGGGAAGGCUGCUGUAGAUGUGCAUGCACACAAACUCUCUUUAAUUACGCAAAUACAAGACCUUUUCCCGGACUUCGGCGCUGGAUAUGUACUUCGACUACUGGACUUUUACAACGACAGCGUCGAGACGAUAAUGGGACAUUUGCUCGAAGACUCAAUGUCUACAGAGCUCAAAUCUCUGGACACGUCUGAGCCUUUGCCAGAAACACCCAUCGCACAUGACGUGCUAGAACCGCAUAACCACACACCCGACCUGACUGAACAGCCGGUAUUCACACGCAACAUCGACUUGAAAGAAAACGACCCCCUCAUACAAGCCGCACUCUCCUCCUCCUCCGACACUGGUCAAAACAAGAAACUUCACUUUGGCCGCGCCACCAGCGAAACCACCGCCGACGCGCUCCUCGCCGACCGCAGUCAGCACGCUACCAACAAAGCCGCCAUCCUGUCUGCUCUCGCCACAUUUGACUCUGACGACGACGAGCGCGACGAUACCUACGACGUGGCCGACGUGGGCGGCACGGUGGAUGCUCCCGACACAGAAGAAAAGCAGCGUGGCCGCUCCGCCGAGGAAACAGAUACCGUGCUGUAUCGCGCCUGGAAAGCCACGCCCGCGCUGUUUGCGCGUGAUUCGAACACGCGUCGGUCUCAGCCGCGUGCGGCGCUGAAGCGCGAGAUGGGUAUGACGGAUGAGGCGAUUGAGGGGUGGGCGGUGAUGCUGCAGCGCGAUGCGAAGAAGGAGGCUCGUUUGGAGUCGAAAAUUGCUCUUGGAGCGGGCGUAGCAGCAGGAGCAGGAGGAGCAGCGGCGGCGGCAGCGGCAGGGCAGCCGGGUCUUGCGUCGACAGCGUAUCGAAAGCCCAGGGAGGAUAUUGGCAGUGAUGAGGAGGAUGCUAGUGAUGGUGACCGGGCUACUGGAAGUGCACGAGGCAGAGGCAGAGGGAGAGGACGAGGUGGUGGUGGUGAUGGUUUAGGUCGUGGAGGUCGAGGACGUGGAGGAGGACGAGGCCGAGGCGCGAAUCAUCGCCGGCGCGAUCAGCACGCAAAAAAGAUGGCGCGGGCAAUGCCUGCUUCAUAA